AUGAAACAAACUGUAAAUGAGGAACCUAAUGUUUACUCAGUUGACAAUAUUGUAGGCAGACGAGUUCGACGGGGUCGUGUUGAAUACCGUGUUAGGUGGAAAGGAUUUACUCCCGAUCAAGAUUCUUGGGAACCCUUUACAAGCCUUCGAGAGCCGUGCCUUCCACUAAUUCACGACUUCCACAUUCGUCAUCGCAAGCUCUACCAAAAGAAAAAGCGUUUUUCUCACCCUUUUGUUGCUUAUAGUAAGCCUCCCGGACGUGCUUCGAAUGAGUUACUUGAUAUAUCUAUGCAAUUUGAAAAGGACAGCGAUGAUCUGACUGCAGAUAAAAGUAGCAUCUCUUCUACCAAAAGCCAACCUCCUCCUCGCUCCUUCAAAAAAGUUAUGGAAAGCAUUGCUAUAGAACCAGCCUCACGACGAUCUGCACCAAGCUCGAUAGAUCUGCAUUCUCCUAACUCUUAUCUAUCACACUCAACAGUUGAUCCCAGUCACUCACCCUCUCUUCUGAAUUCUGAACCAGAUGUUCCCCACUUACCACUAGUUUCUGAUUCAACUACCUCUUCGAACACUCUGACAUCCAACUGUUCCAGUAAUAUUGUAAACUCAGAUACGAAUUGGCUUCCGUGUACAGUUUCUGACUCAUCGAGUACUGAACUAUCUAAUUCCGGUUUAAGCAGAUUUAAAAUUGGUAGGAAGGUUGCUAGAGACAAAGUAUUUAUUCCAAAACGAUCUAGAGACGAUUUUGUUAAUACUCCACCACCAUUACAAAAAGCUAACUCAUUGACGGUUUCAUGA